UAAAUAAAUAAAAGAAAAGGCUGUAAAACAUUCCAAAGAAUAUGUUUAUUGUAGCGGUUACGGGUGGCAUUGCAACAGGCAAAUCCACCGUCACAAAGAUCUUUGAGCGUCACGGCAUUCCAGUCAUCGAUGCGGAUAAAAUAGCCAGGGAGAUUGUCGAACCAGGUCAGCCAUGCUGGCAAAAGAUACGCGAUGUCUUCGGCGACGAAGUGCUGCUGCCCAGCAAGGAGCUAAAUCGGGCUGUGCUGGGACGCCUAAUCUUCGAGGACAAGGAGUUGCGUGGCAAACUGAAUCAGAUUACGCAUCCCGUCAUUCAUCGCACAAUCUUUUGGAGUGUCUUCAAGCAUUUUAUGUCGGGUCAUGCCUGGAUUGUGCUGGACUUGCCAUUACUCUUUGAAACGGGCAUCCUCAUGGACUUUAUACACAAAAUUGUGACGGUAACCUGUGAUUCGGAGAAGCAGAUGCAACGAUUGCUGGCACGCAAUGAGCUAUCCGAGUCGGAGGCUCAGCACCGUGUUGAUUCACAAAUGCCGCUGGAGAAGAAAUGCGAAAAAUCGCAUUUUGUCGUGGACAAUAAUGGUAGCGAGGCUGAGACGGAAGCGGCUGCCAUGCGCAUUUAUAACAUGAUGCAGGAGAGCAAUCAGCAUUGGUAUAAUCGUUUCUCGAUUCUGGGCGUCAUUCUGAUUGUGUGCUUUACAAUAUACUUCCUGAGCAAGGCAUUUGAUGUAUGGCCCAAAUCCUGGAGUUUUUAAGCGUCUUCCUUGUCUGUUCGUUUGUUUUUCGCGUUAUUUAUUUUGUUUUAUCUGUCAACCACUAGCCAAUAAAACUCUGCAGCAAUGGCUAUCAAAUAAAAUUGCUUUUA